AUGAAUGAUACUACUAAUAAUAUGACAGUAGAUUAUCAUAAAGAGGAUUUAAGAACAAUCACUACACAUUCUACUAUCAAUGUAAAUUCUAAGAAAAUAACAGAAUUUGAUAUGAAUUCAUGGACAUCAUUAACAUCAUUAUCAACACCAUAUAUAUCACGUAUAGAAGAUAGUGAAACACACCAAGUUUAUAGAUCAUUCUCAGCAUCAGUUGAUAUAACUCAUACAAAAACUGGACAAGCUACAUUGAAACAUCAACAACUAUUAAUAAAACAUCCAGCUGAAAGAACUGAACAUAAAGGAUUGUCCUAUGGUGGUAUCGUCAGUCUUUCUAUACUGGGGGUCACUUUUGGUUUAUUAUUACUAAUUUGGUUUUGUAAACGUUGUUUAUUGAAAAAACGUCGAUCAAAAAAAGAUGCCACGGAUUUAAAAACAGCAGCUCAUUUAUCAGAAGCAUUAAAAAGUCAAGAUAAGGUUGCAUUGAAAACCGACAUGGAAAUGAAUGAACAAGAACAAGCGGGUGAUCAUGAAAAGGAGAAACAAUAUUUUGGAAAAUUACAAUUUUCAUUAGAUUAUGAUUUUCAAAAAGCUGAGUUAACAGUUGGUGUAAUUCAAGCUAAUGAUUUACCAGCUAUGGAUAUGUGUGGUACUUCUGAUCCUUAUGUAAAAGUUACUUUAUUACCGGAUAAAAAGAAAAAAUAUGAAACAAAAGUACAUCGGAAAAUUUUAAAUCCUAUAUUUAAUGAAACAUUUAUUUUCAAGAUUCCUUAUGCUGAAAUCAGUUCAAAAACGAUUUUGUUUACUGUUUAUGAUUUCGAUCGAUUUUCCAAACAUGAUCAGAUUGGACAAAUCAAAGUACCAUUGAGUACUGUAGAUUUAUGCAAUGUAAUUGAAGAAUGGCGUGACUUAAGUCCUCCAGAAGGGGAAGGUGAAAAGGAAAAUCGUCUAGGUGAUAUCUGCUUCUCAUUGCGUUAUGUUCCAACAUCUGGUCGAUUAAAUGUGAAUAUAUUAGAAGCUAAAAAUUUGAAAAAAAUGGAUGUCGGUGGACUUUCAGAUCCCUAUAAGACAACAAUUAAGAAAUACACAUUAAAUCCUUAUUACAAUGAAUCGUUUGCAUUUGAUGUACCAUUUGAUCAAAUACAAAAAGUCAAUCUAAUUGUCACUGUUGUUGACUAUGAUCGUAUUGGAACAUCUGAACCAAUAGGUCGAAUUGUAUUAGGUUGUAAUGCAACUGGUGCAGCACUUCGUCAUUGGUCUGAUAUGUUAGCUAAUCCAAGACGUCCUAUAGCACAAUGGCAUACAUUACAGGAUAUGCCAGAAAAAAAUUGA